AGGACUGGGACAGUGAAGAGGACGAUGUGGGGGGGCCUGAGGCAGCAAUGGAAGCUACUAGGUCUGUUUGAGAUUGACCAGCAGCACGAGUUCUACAGCCUCACCUCUAUGAUGAAGGAAGGCCUCUCUGCAGCCGUGCAGACCACCAUCGACAACCCGCCACCGGAUGAAUUGUCGGAAGAUGAUUACAGAUUGGAAGUCACUCAAAUACAUAAGGACUUUAAAAUGGAGACGUUUGCAGGGCCAGUGUUUGCCAGCUUGCGUCGCUCCCUGGGGAUGACAGAAAAGGAGUAUCAGCACUCUCUCUCCUCCGACGGCUCCUACCUGCAGUUCAUCAGCAACUCCAAAAGCAAGGCUGACUUCUUUCUCACGAACGAUAAGCGUUUUUUCCUGAAGACCCAGAACAAGAGAGAGGUGAAAUUCCUCUUGUCCAACCUGAGAAUCUACAUGGAGCACCUAGAGAAAUAUCCCCAUUCACUGCUGGUCAAGUUCUUAGGUGUCCACAGGAUAAACAUUUCCCAUAGGAGGAAGAAGUACUUUAUUGUAAUGCAGAGUGUUUUUUACCCCGACGAUCGAAUCAAUGCCAGGUAUGACAUCAAGGGUUGUGAGGUGAGCCGGUGGACAGACCCCGCCCCAGAGGGUAGCCAGGUUAUCGUUGUCCUCAAGGACUUGAACUUCAAGGGCCAGUACAUCACUCUGGACCAGCAGCGGCCGUGGCUGCUCCGGCAGGUGGAGAUUGACACGUCGUUCCUGCAGAGACUCAACGUACUGGACUACAGCCUCCUGGUGGCCCAUCAGCCCCUGCACCAGGAUGAACGCCACCAGGGCCUCUCCUUCGCCACCCUUAUCAUGCGCACAAAAAAGUCAGUGAUCACUGGCUCAAGCCCCACCCAUGCGGGCAUGCCCACUGUUCCAGGGGUGGUCCCAGAGGAAGACUCCACCCUGUUGGUGUCAGAGAUGGACGGCGGAACAGGAAGUUGCAGCUUUGCCGAGUCACGGGGAGGAAGUGACCCGGGCAGUGCCCUUUCUGGGAGAACCUGUAAUGAGCAGCCAGCCGGGUCGGUCACAGAUUCGAUGGAGCUGAGGGACUUCCAGGCCCAGAACCGCCGGCUGCUGCCCAACUUCAAGAACCCGCUACACGUCAUUGAUGGACCGGAGCAUCGCUACUUUGUGGGCAUCAUCGACAUCUUCACUGUCUACAGCUUCAAGAAGAGGCUGGAGCAUUGGUGGAAGAGACUGCGGCACCCAGGGCAGGCCUUCUCUACCGUCAGCCCCCCCUCUUACUGCCUUAGGCUCUGCCAGUGGGUACAGGACCACACCAAGUAGACUCAGAAAAAGGGGCUGUCUGCCCAGGCAGGCUGUCUGCCCAGGAACACGUUUGCACGCACACACGCAACUUGGACACUGACCAGAGACAUGAAGCUAUGCUUUUAAAGCGCUGUAAUUUCAGAUUGAUCAAGGAGCAGUUAUUUUCAUGUUUCCACAUCUCCAGACCAAAGCUAAAACAAACAUAAACCAUUAUAUAAAAAUAUUAUAUUCACCAUCGCGAAUACAUGGGUUUCCUUCUUUUCAUAUUCUUUGUUAAGUAAACAAAGAAAAAGGUGCGAAAUUUAAAAUCAAGUGCUAUGAAUUGAUUAGCUGAUUUUCCAAAGUAUAAUAGUUUUUUAAUUGUUGAAGUUCAAUUAGCGAUUGAAUGCUGAAAACCAAAAUGAUUUUACAAAUUUGCCACCUUAUAUGGAUGUUUUUUUAAAGAAUUUAACUUUGAAGUGUUUAUACCUGUACAAUUUUGUUGUAUUUUUGAAAGCUGUGUUUUCACUGUUCAACUGACCAAGUUAAUAUACUCUCCCGAUACCACUGUGCAUGACUGUGCAGAUAUAUAUAUAUAUAUAUAUAUAUAUAUAUAUAUAUUAUUCUUUGUACGGUCAUGGCAAGGUCAGUAUAAAGGGUUAACGUUUAAAAGUGAUGACAAAUGGUAGUCAUAAAGGUUGUGUCCCCCUGCUCAGACAUUGCUGACGCAUGUCAGAUCUUACAAUGCCUAUAUACAGUGAGGGAAAAAAAGUAUUUGAUCCCCUGCUGAUUUUGUACGUUUGCCCACUGACAAA